AUCUUUCCCACGUGUUCAAUUUUUCCUUUUCCUGAUUAUUAUUUAGAAAUCAGAUUGUGAUAUUUUGAUAAUAAUUUUUGAGUUUUGGAAUAUGUUUCAAUCAACUACCAUUUGGUUCUUUCUCUGAAGAUUUGGGGCUUUGAAUUUGCCAUAUAUACAUUGAUCGAUCCUGUAUAAUAUAUGCACACACACACACAUAAAAAUGUUGAGAAGAAAACUUUCUUCAUUGAUAGCAACUUCGAUUUUCAAUACUUGUUCUUCAAAAAUCCAAUCGAAACUCUGCUCGAUUGGCUCGCCAAUUUCUCCAUCACCAUCGUUUGCUACACCAACUAAUUUCAAUGUCCAAGCUCAGAGUUUGAGGGCUUAUAGCCUUCUGAGUUUGAAUGAUUUGAGAGACAAUAAGGGGGCAAAGAAGCAGAAGACGAGGAAGGGUCGUGGGAUUGGGUCUGGAAAGGGGAAGACAGCUGGGAGAGGUCACAAGGGGCAGAAGGCCAGAGGCACUAUGAAGUUUGGCUUUGAAGGCGGCCAGACUCCGCUCCGCCGCCGGAUGCCCAAAAGAGGGUUUAAGAACCCCUUUAGCCUCACAUUUCAGCCUGUGGGGUUGGGAAAGAUUGCAAAACUAAUAAAUGCAGGGAAGAUAGACUCAUCAGAGUUGAUCACAAUGAAAACUCUUAAGGAUGCAGGAGCAAUAGGGAAGCAGAUAAGAGAUGGUGUUAGAUUGAUGGGACGUGGUGCUGAACAUAUAGAAUGGCCUAUUCAUCUGGAGGUUUCGAGGGUAACUGUUAGGGCAAAGGGAGCAGUUGAAGCUGCAGGUGGGUCCGUGAGGCGAGUUUACUAUAACAACUUGGGCUUUAGGGCACUGCUGAAGCCUGAGUGGUUUGAGAAAAAGGGCAGGUUACUGCCAAGAGCAGCAAGGCCUCCACCCAAACAGAGAGACAAAGUUGAUAGCAUUGGUCGACUGCCCGCUCCGACUAAGCCAAUUUCUUUUACAGCAGAAGAGAAAGAAGCAAUGUCUGCUACAUCUGUCUAAUGAAGCCAAUUUUUGUUGAGAUUUCUUAGAAAUUUGAUGAAUAUCUAUGUUAUAAACAGAUUUUGUUCUGAUGUUACUUUUAAGUUGCAGCAUGUUGUGAUAUGCCAUGCUGUCAAAUGUUCAGUGUUUUGGAAAAAGAUGUGGCGGCAAUAGAGGCCACUGCCAUUCAGAGCUCCAAAACUCGAGGAAGUUCUCUGUUCUUAUUGAUGUACUGUGUUUUAGAUUAGUUUGUUAAAUCCUCUUUUCUUAUUUUUUUUAUUUUUUAUGGUUUA